UAGGUUCCAGUUUAAAAAAUAUCAAUCGACGGACGUGCUGUCGCCUGUCAUUGUUCAAAUAAUUCGGAUUUUUUACGAUUAUUUCGUAAAACAUUUUCGAGUGUUUUUACGCGAGUUAUAAAACAAAAGUUAUUGUUGAGUGUUUGUUUUUAAGUGGUUUUAAACUUAUAUUCUCCUGCAAACACCUGAUAUUAUAAUUACACUUAAUGGUAGUCGAAUUAUGUGAACAAUAAAGAGGGAAAUCAAGAGCAUCAGUAACGAUGGAUCCCGGCUAUUUCGACACGGAGAGGAAGCAGAACCCGCGCGAGAGGGCUAACAUAUUAUCGAAAAUAUGCUUUUGGUACACUCGUCCAAUUUUCAUGAAAGGACGAAAAGGUCAGCUCAGCAUAUCAGACAUGUACAGAUGUACGCCCGGCCAUCGGGCAGCACCUCGGGGCGACGUUAUGGGUGAGCAAUGGAAGCAGGAAUUGGGGAAACAAAGUAAAGGAGAAGUGCCUUCACUACUUACUGCCAUAUACAAGAUAUACGGACUUAAGUUCUUCGUGUUUAAUUUAAUAUUUGCUGUUAUUGAUUGUUGUAUAAGACUAUCGAUACCGAUGUGCCUCGAGGGUUUGAUCAAUUAUUUUUCUCCCUCACACUCUGGAGUUAAGGAUUACGAGGCUUAUUUAUACGCUGUGGGUCUAGUCGGCUUCAUGGCGAUAAAUGCGAGUAUGAUGCAUCCGAUGUUAUUGUUCCUACUGGACAUGGCUAUGAAGAUCAGGGUGGCGUGUUGCUCGCUCAUAUACAGAAAGCUCCUUCGUCUGGAUCUAUCCUCAGGAGGUAAAGCGACUGAGGGUCUGGCUGGACACGUAAUCAACUUACUAACUACGGACGCGCAGAGGUUCGACAUGGCGAGCUUGUUCAUGGUCGACCUGGUCCGGACUCCGAUCGAGAGUGUUAUUAUCGUGUACCUGAUGUACAGACAGAUAGGGGUAGCCACUCUAAUUGGGGUGGCUUUCCUUCUGAUGUUCAUACCUCUACAGGGUUAUCUCGGCAAAGUUUCGUCAAGAUUCCGUCAUCAGACCGCGAUCAGGACGGACAACCGCAUCAGGUUGAUGAACGAAGUUAUCCAAAGCAUAGAAGCCAUCAAAAUGUCCGCGUGGGAGAACGCCUUCGCUGGAAUCAUCGGCGAAGCGAGGAGGAAAGAAAUGAAUGUUAUAAAGAAAAUGUCGUGGCUGCGGGCCGUGAUGAUAUCGUGCGUCAAAUUGAACACAAAAGUCGCCAUAUUUUUAAGUAUAAUAUCAUUCAUAUCGUUUAAAAACGACCUCACAGCCGCCAAAGUGUUCGUUAUAUUUUCGUACUACGAUAUGUUGAAGUAUUCGCUCGUGGACUUCCUCCCCCUCGCGAUAACCUUCACGCUCGAGGCGUACGUGAGCGUCAAGAGGAUACAAGAGUUCCUGUUGCUGCCGGAAGUGAAUAACCAAGAUGGCGUCGAUUUGGUGAAAAUCGAUGAGAAGAGUCAACCCGUAAACGGGGUGUUCGAGAAAAUUGGCAACGGCCAACAAACGUAUAUAAAAUCAGACUCGAACCUGGAUCAAACGAAGCCAGCUGUUCUGAUCAGUCUGAAGAACUACUCGGCCCAUUGGAAGAACAGUGAAAAGGAAGGCGACAUGGCCCUUGCCCUGGGCGACAUCAACUUGAAUAUAAAACCAGAAUCUCUGACGACGGUAGUCGGAACUGUAGGUUCGGGGAAGAGCACAUUGCUUUCAGCGAUACUCCGUGAAAUCACCCCCACCAGUGGUCACCUCGCCAUUAACGGCGUGGUGGCGUACGCGGCACAGGAUCCAUGGCUAUUCGAUGCAUCGGUUCGGCAAAACAUACUCUUCGGUCAAGAGUUGGAUCUUCGGAGGUACAAGCAAGUUAUCAAAUGCUGCCAGCUGAAGAGCGACCUGGAUAUUCUACCGCACGGGGACAAGACCGUCGUCGGGGAGAGGGGAGCGUCUCUGUCUGGUGGGCAACGUGCCAGGAUCUCACUGGCGCGCUGCGUGUACCAGCAGGCUGAUGUGUAUCUGCUAGACGAUCCUCUAGCUGCUGUCGAUGCCAAGGUGGCGCAGGCGAUCUACGAGGACUGCAUCCGCGGCUUCCUGCGCGAGAAGGGCUCGCUGCUGGUGACGCACCACGUGCAGUACGCGCAGCGCGCCGACAACGUGUGCGUCAUGCGCGCCGGACGGAUAGUCGCCCAAGGGACGUACCACGAGCUGAAGAACGGAGUCGCGGAGUUUGAAAAGCUGAUUGAGAUGACGGAGAAGGUCGAGGAAGAAAAGCAGAAGAAGAAAUAUGAGAAACAGGAGAGUUUGGAACACAACCAGAAGCUACGUUCACAACGAUCAAUGUCGGAGGCCUCGCAAUUGUCAUUCAAUAUGGAUCUCGAUAACAAUUUGGACCCAAAAUAUGAAGGUGAAAGUCAAAAGAAGGGUUCCGUGGACUUCAGCGUUUAUUUGGGAUACAUAAAGAGCGGUCACGGAUCUCUAACGCUGUUCCUGCUCUGUGCGCUCUUUAUCCUGGCGCAAGUGUUCUAUUCUUCCACGGAUAUAUGGCUCAAGGAGUGGGUGAAUAUGGAGGAGGCGAACAGCGCUUACAACAUCGCCAGCCGGAACGCGACGGCGAAUGAGACCGCUCCGCCCCUGAACUUCGAAGACCUGCCCUCGAACCAGUUCCACCUGACGCGUGCCCAGUGCGUGUACAUAUACGCUGGGUUGAUUGGGAUAUGUAUGUUCUUCACAUGGAACAAAUUGCUGGUCUUCUACAACACAUGCAUAAAAGCCUCGGUGGCGCUGCACGACAAUAUGUUCAGGGGUGUAACGAACGCGCCGAUGUGGUUCUUCCACCACAACCCUUCCGGUCGUAUCCUGAACCGUUUCUCCAAGGACAUGGGUCAGGUCGACACCUUGUUGCCCGUGGCCUUGGUCGACUGCGUCGGAUUCUUUCUAGAAGUGAUCGCGAUCCUGGUAGUCGUUUGCCUCGUCAACUGGUGGCUGCUGCUGCCGACUGCCGUGGUCGCGCUGCUCCUGCAUCUUCUACGUCUGCUGUUCCUCAACACCAGUCGCGAGUUGAAGAGGAUCGAAGCUAUCGCGCGCAGCCAGAGCCUGAACCACGCGGCGGCGACGGUGACGGGGCUGCCCACCAUCCGCUCCACGCGCGAGCAGCAGCGCACGCUGGCGCAGGAGUUCGACAAGCUGCAGGACCUGCACAGCUCGUCCUGGUCGCUCGUGCUGAGCACCAACCGCGCCUUCGGCUUCUGGAUGGACAUGGUCUGCUGCUUGUACCUCGCCACCGUUACGUUCAGCUUCUUCCUCUUCGUCGGCGAAGAAACGUUGGGGGGGAACGUCGGUCUGGCGAUCACUCAAGUGAUCGGUCUGGUCGGCAUGUGUCAGUACGGGAUGAGGCAGACUGCUGAAGUCGAGAACCAGAUGACGUCAGUGGAAAGAAUAUUGGAAUACACGAACCUGCCACCAGAGAAGCCAGUGGAACCGGACGUAAAGGCGCUGAAGACGGAACACCCGAAUUUGGACUUCGAAACUUGGCCAAACACAGGCGAAAUAGUGUUCGAAAAUGUGUCGUUGGAAUACGAGAAAACGCCCAAGAAGGAGCAGCCGAUAGAAUUCGGGGUGAAGCUCGAGGAGCCGGCGUAUGCGAUACGUGAUGUCAGCUUCCGCAUCCGUCCCGGGGAGAAGGUGGCGGUGGUGGGGAGGACGGGAGCAGGAAAGAGUUCGCUCAUCGCCGCUCUGUUCAGACUGAGCAAGACGUCGGGCCGCGUGCUGGUGGACGGCGUGAGCGCCCAGCAGGCGGGGCUGCGCCACUGGCGCUCCCGGCUGUGCGCGCUGCCGCAGAGACCCGCGCUGUUCGCGGCCUCGCUGCGGGACAACCUGGACCCCGAGCGCCUGCACCCCGACGCGCAGCUGUACGCCGCGCUGGACGAGGUGGAGCUGCGCGCGUGGUGCGGCGCGCAGGCGGGCGGGCUGGCGGCGCGGCUGGGCGACGGCGGCGGCGCGCUGUCGGCGGGGCAGCGCCAGCUGCUGUGCCUGGCGCGGGCGCUGCUGGCGCGCCGCGCCGUGCUCGUGCUGGACGAGGCCACCGCCAACGUCGACGCCGAGACAGACAAACACAUCCAGACGACGAUCAGGACGAAGUUCGCGGACUCGACCGUGCUCACGAUCGCGCACAGACUGAACACCGUGAUGGACUACGAUCGAGUCAUCGUUAUGGACAAAGGCCGAAUCGUUGAAUCCGGUCAUCCGUUCGAGUUGUUGACUCAGUCGAGUCAGCAAGCGAAGCCGGAGGCGCAGCCGAGACGAGCCAUACUCACCAAGAGUCAGGCUCCGCUCGCGAUACCGGAGAACUUCCGGCACGACGAGACCGAGUCGCUCGCACUCGGCAGGGACCGGGUGCGCACGUACUCCAACAGGUCUGAGAUGAGCGAGCAGGACGGCGCUGGGGGUGUAUUCAAGUCGCUCGUGGAGCAAACGGGACAGGAGACCGCCGCCAUGUUGUACAAAAUGGCGGAAGAGAGCUACAAUGAAUUCCUAAAGAAGAAACAGUCAUAAAACGCAACACUAUCGAAAUAUGUCCAGGCGGUCGGCAGCUACGAUUGAAUAUAUAUACAUAUAUUACCAAACGGUAAUUCAACAUAAUCUUUGAUUAUGCAUUUAUAUUGUUUUAAUAUUAUAGAUAUAUAUUGUCUAUUUCAACGGCAGGACGACUAACUAUAAAUAAACUUUAACCUUGAAUUGAGGUUACAUCAUUGGUCGAGAUGGAAAUAAUGGCGUUUUCAGUCUGUGAAUUUGUUAUCGGAACUUUGGCAGUAAAAUUGAAAUGGAAAUAAGUAGUUAAGCGCAAUAGUGUUGUUUUAUAAAUAGAGAUAUAUUCAUCAAGACCUGUUUGUAGUGUGCAAUAUAGCUGAGCUAUUAGUGAAUUACUUGGAAUAUUUAAAUCUAAUGUUAGUUUAUUCCAACUCCUCCUGCCAUUGGAACGUACUUAAGAAAUAUUUGUAUUUGAAAACAAAUAUAAACUUAAUCGUACUUAAAUAAACAUUCGACUGAAUUUAACACGAAAAUGUGCGGAAUAUGCACGAACAAACUUAAAUUGUCAUAAAAUGGCGUUAAUAUCUGCCAUAUCGCUUAGGAAAAUAUAUUAAAACUAACAUAUAUAGUUAGUAUAUGUUCAACUACCUCAUAGUUGGAUGAAAUACGUUAUAUAUUAGUAUGAUUCCAAAUGUUUUAUAAAAUAAUACGUACUGACGGGUUCGGUCCCACGUGAUGUACUUGCCUUAAUAUAGCAAUUAUUACUAUUAUUGCAAUUAUGUUAAUUUUGCCUUAACUAUAAAACAUAUAUUUAUAUACAGCAUUUAUAAUAUAUAUACCUAUAUAAUGUAUAAAAGGAUUGAAUUAUAAUCUGUGCAAAGUGUAAACAAAUUCAUGUUAUGUAAUGAUGGAGUUAUUCAUCCAAUAUUAUAUUGAAUCAUUGUAAUGUGUGCAAUGGGGGGGGGGGGCUAAUCCAGUGAUGUCAUCUUACCCCGGCUAACUGUUACUAGACUAUUAGUAUAUAUUACCAUGAAAAAAUAUGUCAAGGUAGUUUAACUACCACCUUACCACUUAUAAAGCCAGCGUAGAGUGAGCCAGUGUAAUCACAGGCACAAGGGACAUAACAUCUUGGUUCCCAAGGUUGGUGGCGCAUAG